CAUAUCUAGUUUGUAAUCCAAAACAACUCACCUUCCGCCACGGAAUGGGGAGACAUGGCUCUCACUGCCGCUCUUUCUUCUUCUCUUUCUUCCGCCGCCGGAAUAUUCCCUCGCCCCACUAAAACCACACCCUCUUUCCACUCCUCCACCACCUUCCACCACCAUCACCACCAUCACCACCACCACUCUUUCUUCUUGCGAGUUGCAAAUGACGCUGAUAGGAGUGAAGUUUCAUCUGAUACUGGAACCAAGGCAUCAUCGUAUUCAGAAGCUGAUAAGAUGGUUGAUGGUAUGGACUUUGGUGAGCUUUGCAAUGAGUUUGAGUGCAUCAGCAGCCCCUUGGUAGAAUCUACUGCAAGACAACUUGCACGAGAUAUACUUGAACAAAGGGAGGGAAAUCGAGCACUUGGAGUCUUUGCUGUUUCUGUCACAUACAAGGAUCCUAUCAGAAGCUUUACUGGUCGUGAGAAGUAUAAAAGAGCACUGUGGGCUACUGGUGCACUAGACAACGCAUCUGUGACUGUGCAGGAAAUGGUGAUGCUGUCAACCAGUGUUUUGAGUAUCAAGUGGACAAUAAAAGGGAAGCCAAAAUCUGUUAUUGGAGGAGAAGAUUUAAUACUUAGAAUCACUUCCAAAUUUACUCUUAACCAAAUUAGUGGUCAAGUCAUUGAGCAUGAAGAGUUUUGGGACUUAUCAGCUUCAUCUGCUAGUGCUCAGACAUUUUUCUGGACAUCACGUGCUCUUUUCUCUGCUAUUGAAUCUGUCAAAGACUUGGUAGACAAUGCUAAGAAUUUGAAUAGUAAAAUUUCAACCAAAAAAGAGAACUUGGAGAUGUAUCCUGAUCCUUCAGGAGAUCCAACCAAGUUCUUCCAGAGGGAUGACAGUUUUCAACGAGAUGCAUACCAGAUUGCACUAUUCCUGGCAGUUAUUUAUUUGGUGGUACAGUUUCUAAGGACAACUUUGUAGAGAUAUCCUUCCUUUAUACCAACUGAACUUGUAUCUCUUUGUUCUCCAAUAGUUUAUCAUUGUAAAGUGUGAUUAUCAGCUUAUACAGUCAUCAGGUUGUUUUGUCAAAAUUACAAGUAAAUAUGUAUGCUCUUAUUUGUGAGUGUGUCUAUAAAAAUUAGACAAUUCUGUUGCAA